AUGGCGACGAAAGUAGGUGGAAAGGAUGGCAAGGCGCCGCCAACGGCUGCCACGAACCUAAUCGCUGGCGGAGGUGCAGGUAUGAUGGAGGCCCUCGUAUGCCACCCUCUCGACACCAUAAAAGUACGCAUGCAACUCUCCCGUCGCGCCCGGCAACCCGGCGCCCCUAAACGGGGGUUCAUCCGCACCGGCACCGAAAUCGUAAAACGCGAGACCCCCCUCGGCCUCUACAAAGGCCUAGGCGCCGUGCUCACAGGCAUAGUACCGAAAAUGGCGAUCCGCUUCACAUCCUUCGAAGCGUAUAAACAGAUGCUAGCAAACAAGAACACGGGUAUUAUAUCCGGGCAAGGUACAUUCCUAGCUGGCCUCGCGGCGGGAGUUACAGAGGCCGUAGCUGUGGUUACACCGAUGGAGGUCGUGAAGAUUAGGUUGCAGGCACAACAUCAUAGUAUGGCGGAUCCGCUGGAUAUACCGAAGUACCGUAACGCGGCGCAUGCGUUGUAUACCGUGGUCCGCGAGGAGGGGCCUGGGGCUUUGUAUCGUGGGGUUAGUUUGACUGCGUUGAGACAGGGGAGUAAUCAGGCUGUUAAUUUCACGGCUUAUACGUAUUUCAAAGAAGUCCUGCUGCGCUGGCAGAAAGAUCGCGAUGUGGCGCAGGGUGGUAGGGGUCAGGAUGCUAAGGUUGUGGCUGCGACGUUGCCGAGUUGGCAGACUACGCUUAUUGGAUUGGUUAGUGGUGCGAUGGGACCGUUGAGUAAUGCUCCGAUUGAUACGAUCAAGACGAGGUUGCAGAAGACGCCGGCUGAGGAGGGGAUUUCGGCGUUUAAGAGGAUUAGUGUUAUUGCUAGGGAUAUGCAAGAGGGCUUCCAUGCAUUCUAUAAGGGUAUUACUCCUAGGAUCAUGCGUGUUGCACCGGGCCAAGCUGUUACAUUUACCGUGUAUGAGUUCUUGAAGGAUAAGCUGGAGAAGAGCGGCCCGAGUAUAGUAACGGGGGGUAAAUACGAGGAGUAG